CGAUAAAAGGAGAAAGAAAGAAAAGGCUAGUAUGGAAGAGUUCUUUCAAGUUUCUUGGUUUUGUGAUGAUGAAACUAAUAAUAAUAAUUUUGUGGUGAACAAAAGUGCUUUUGUGAGUUUUGGGAGCAAACCAAAUGAAGGAUUUGGAGUUUCUAGCUAUGGAAAUGUAUCGAUGAAUCGUCAAAACAUGAACAAGAGGAUGAUUGAGUUCUUGAAGAAGAAUUGGAGUCCCAAAAAUGGACAAGAGAAAGUUCAUAAACAUAUGAUUAAAGAGAGGAUUAGAAGAGAAAAACAAAAGCAAAGUUAUUUGAACUUGUACAAAUUGCUUCCAAUGGGUACCAAGAAUGAGAAAAAUGCUAUAGUCCAAACAGCAACAAGGAGAAUUGAAGAGCUACAAAAAUACAAGGAAAAUUUAAAAAAGAGAAAUGAUGAAAUUCAAUUGAUUUUAGCACAAAGUAAUCAAGAAGAGGAGGAAUUUGAGAAGGCAAAAAUCAAAGCAAAAGUUGGUUAUCCAAUUUGUGGUGUAGAUUCAAUGUUAGAGGUUCUCAAGUGCUUGAGGAAUUGUGGAACCAAAGCAACUUCCAUUCAAUCAAGUUUCUCUCACCAAGAAUUUUCAACAUUGAUUGAAAUAGAAACUAAGAGUGGAGCAGCAGAGAUAGAAAAAGCAGUACAAAAUACUCUAUCUGAAGUUGAAAGGAACUUGUACUCAUCAAGAAAUUUUUAUAAGUCUAUCUGAAGCAGAGAUAGAAUGACUUGAUAAUUCU